AUGGCGGAAUUAAGAGAAAUGAUGACUGCAAAAAUAAAUGAUGGAAGGAGACAACUAGAUGAAGCAGUGGAGGAAGCUGGGAAAACUCCCUUUACAAAGCAGAUUCAAAGGGCAGUGAUACCGUCUAAGUGCAGUUUACCAACAUUCACUAGCAUAUUUGAUGGAAGCGCCUGUGCAAUACAACAUGUGAAAGCUUACACACGAUCUCUGUUACAGUGGGAAAACAAUGACGCAGUAAUGUCUAAAUAUUUCGCUACGAGCCUGGCAGGGGAAUCUCUGAAAUGGUUUGAAGGACUACCAAUAGAAUCCAUUGGAUCAUUCCACCAUUUACAGGACAUCUUUUUAGGACAAUAUAUUAACAAUAAUAUGUCAAGACCAGGAAUUGAGACGGCAUUCAGACUUCGCAGAAGAACAAAUGGGAGUUUACGUCAUCUAACAACACGUUGGAGAACCAUGUGUAGCGAAAUGGGAAGACGCUUGGAUGAGCGACACCUUAUUCUUGCAUUUAUCAAUGCUCUCUUCGCUACAGAUUUAUUAUAUACACAAAUCUUUAGGAUAAAGGAUACAAUAACGAUGUCAGAGCUGCGCGAAUUUCAAGAGGAGUACAUAGCACUUGAGGAGAAACAAAGAGAUAUGAAGUCGUACCCAGUUGCAAUACCUGAUGCGAAAGGUGGAAAUGCAAGUUUACUCCCAAUACUGGCAAAUGCUGUUGCGAGUACGUCGCAGGGAAAUCAAGGAAGGAACAUUACAGAAAUGGAACAAAAACUAAUAGCCAUGGUAGUGCAGAUCAAGCAGAAUUUGACAAAGAGUAUAUAG